UGUCAACACACACCGGAAGAGACUGCAGCACUACCGCUACCUUGCCUGCAAAUCAAUUGUUAUAGUAGCGGGUUUACGUUCCGGUGCAGUGUAAUUUAUUAUUUCAACAGUCGGUUCUAUAAUUAUUGCAGGAAUACUGUUUCCUUUUACAGAAUGCUGUCUUUAGACUUUCUCGAUGAUGUUCGGCGAAUGAAUAAGCGCCAGCUUUACUACCAGGUGUUGAAUUUUGGCAUGAUAGUAUCCUCAGCCUUGAUGAUUUGGAAAGGACUAAUGGUCGUGACUGGCAGUGAAAGUCCGAUUGUUGUAGUUCUCAGUGGUAGCAUGGAGCCUGCAUUUCACCGAGGGGAUCUCUUGUUCCUAACGAAUAGAGUGGAGGAUCCAAUCAGAGUAGGAGAGAUUGUGGUCUUCAGAAUUGAGGGAAGAGAGAUUCCUAUUGUGCACAGGGUGCUGAAAAUCCAUGAGAAGGAGAAUGGAGACAUCAAGUUCUUGACAAAGGGAGACAACAAUUCUGUGGAUGACCGAGGGCUAUACAAGCAAGGCCAACACUGGCUGGAGAAGAAGGAUGUGGUGGGAAGAGCUAGAGGAUUUGUGCCAUAUAUAGGAAUUGUGACCAUUUUGAUGAAUGACUACCCUAAAUUCAAGUAUGCUGUGCUGUGUAUGCUGGGCCUGUUUGUGUUGGUGCAUAGAGAGUGAGGAAUGUCACACAAAAUGCAAAAUAAUGUACUCAUCCAGCCGUCUGCAUUUUUGAAUGGUCUAUUUAAUUUGAUCCAGUAAAUCAUGCACUUGUUACAUGGUUAAAAACGGGAUUUUCUACCACGUUUAGCAGUAUACAAAUAACACGCUGUGAAUGAAAGAUGACAGAAACAGAAAAUUAUGUUAUUUUAAAUAUUAUGAGUUUUAAGUGUGUUCAUUUUGUUCUGUAUACUGCAACUUUAUCUGGUCAUUGUCAAACCUGUUUCAUAAUGAAGAUUUUUGUAUGAAUUAUAAAUAAACAUGUUGAGCCAG